AUGGAGUCAGAACUCCGAAAAAGACGCUCCGGAGGAGAGAACAAAGCCAAAGGAAAAACAAGAAAAGGUAAGAAACUAUUACAUGUCGCUCCCUUAAAUACCCCGUUAUCCAAUAGGUUAGAGACUAUAGGCAUUAUUUGGCAUACUAUAUCAAUCCCCACAUUUACUAUUCUAUUUUUAUAUACCUUGUCGUUGGGUGUUCUUGGGUGGCUCUUAAUUGUCCUACCUUAUUUCAUAUGGUGGUAUGGGUUUGAUUUGCAUACACCAUCGAAUGGCAAGGUUGUCUACCGAGUUAGAGAUUGGAUGAAGAAUCUUAUAAUAUGGGAAUGGUUUGUGGAUUACUUUCCGAUCAGGGUUUACAAAUCUUGUGAUUUGGAGCCUACAUUUUCCACUAUUCCAGUAGCAGUUGAAAGCUUACCGGAUGAUGAAGAAGAUUUGGUAUCUGAACACUCUAGAACACUUAUUGACGGUAUUUUCAAGAAAUUAGGAUUGAGCAAAAGACUUAAUGAUAUUGACGGUUAUCUGCCACCGCCAACAGGUAGCAACAAUAAAGAUCCAGUACUUUACCAUCUCAAAAAAGUAACAACUGGGCCACGUUAUAUAUUUGGUUAUCAUCCUCAUGGCGUCAUCUCAAUGGGCGUCAUGGGCCUCUUUGCCACAAACGCUUUAAGAAAUGAGCCAUUCCAACCGAUUUUUAACUUUUUAAAACCGUUAUUUCAUGAUUCCUCGAAAGGCAAAAGAAUUUUACCUGGAAUUGGAAAUAUAUUCCCUUUAACUUUGACUACUCAGUUUACCUUGCCAUAUUAUCGAGACUAUCUCUUAGGACUAGGGCUCACAAGUGCCUCGUCUAAAAAUAUUAAAAGUCUUAUAAACAAUGGUGAUAAUUCUGUUUGUAUUGUUGUUGGAGGUGCCCAGGAGUCCUUAUUAAAUCAAAUGGUUGCACCCAGAGGAAGAGUAGGCAGUGGAUAUAAACAUGAAGACACGGAAGAUGAAACAGAAGAAGAGACAGAAGAAGAAACAGCUACAGACUCAAAAGAGGAUGCAAAAAAGAAUGCAAAAGAAAAUUCAAAAGCAGACUCAAGAGAAGAUUUAGCUAGUGAAAAAAAUGAAAAAUCUAAAGAAGAAGGUGAAAAGGAAGGGAAUGAACAAGGCUCCAAGAGAGAAAUUAAACUUGUAUUAAACAGGCGUAAAGGAUUCAUCAAAUUAGCUAUUGAAUUAGGAAAUGUGAGUUUAGUUCCAACGUUCGCAUUUGGAGAAGCAGACAUUUAUAGGCUUAAUACCCCAAAACCAGGGUCACUAGGUAACGCGUUUCAAAAGUGGAUGAAGUCGACAUUUCAAUUCACCUUACCAUUUUUUAGUGCAAGAGGUGUAUUCAUAUACGAUUUUGGAUUCUUACCCUACAGAAAUCCUAUUAAUAUUGUUAUUGGAAACCCUAUUCAUGUUCCUGAAGGAGUCUUAGCUGAAUAUAAACAGACCCAUCCAGAAUUCGACGACUCACAGCCUGCGCUGGCCCUUGCAGGCAAGAACAGAAAUGGAUCGUUCUCCAGCCUUUUCUUAUUGAGCUCACUUAAAAGAACUACACCUAAUGCUACUAAAAAGAAUAUUCCACAGGAAUUGAUCGAUCGUUAUCACAAGUUAUAUGUGGACGAAUUAAAGAGAGUGUUUGAAGAAAACAAACAUAAAUAUGGUUACGAAGACGUCUCAAUGAGCAUAAUUGAAUAA